AUGGCUCACAUCCGCCCCUUUAGGGUAUCUGACACGGAGCAGAUGGCACACAUCUGCCGCUCUACCCUACCGCCGACUCUCGAAGCCUCGGAGCCGGCAUGGCGGAUAGCGCCGUACAUCUGGACCCUGCAGUUCACCACGCUUUCUCCAGAUAACUGCUUCGUCCUCGAUGACGGUACGGGGACGGCCGUGGGGUACGUCAUCGGCUGCCCGGACGUCUACGCCUUUGCAGAAGCCUACCCGCAGUACAUCGAGACGGUCCUGAGCCGCGGAGCAGGCGAGAAGGAUGUCCCCGUCCCCAAGCAGCUCACCACGCCGGAGCCGUGGUUCGUGCCGGGCUCGGAGGUAGCCGACCCGAAGCCCGGGCAGCCGCUCGGGGUGGUGAACGAGGCGGCGCUCGCGCAGCUCGCGUACAGCCCGCGCUGGCUGCUCCUCGAGGGCUCGGAGGGCCGGGCGGAGCUGGUGCGGCGGUACAGGGCGACGAUGCACAUUGACCUGCUGGCGCCGUUCCAGGGCCAGGGCUGGGGGCGGCGGCUGAUUGAGGCGUUUGUGCAGAGCGUGAGGGAGGCGGUGGCGGCGGGGAAGGGGGAUGCAGGCGAGGGGAUCCAGAUCGGUGUUGCGGGGGACAAUGACAAGGUGGUGCCGUUCUAUGAGAAGGUGGGAUUCAAGAUCUACGGGGGCCAGAAGGAGGGCAGUAUCUGGAUGGUCAAGGAUCUGUGA